GUCAGACAUGGGAUUCUUGUAAAGGGCGCGAGUCGUGUCAAGCGUGCGAGGAGUUCGGCAUCAGGUGCACCAUCCAGUCGUGUUACGGCGUCAACCUCGAUCGCAACUUCGAAUAUCAAUGGAUACCUGCUGAAGAGCUACGGCUGGAACAUCCAUGCGGCAAUCUGUAUGCGGGCCCUCGUCAGCUGAGCGAGGCGGAGACCCUGGCUCUCACACACUUCCUCCAUGAACAGCGGACCCCGUUGUAUACCUUUAUCGCUUUCAAGGAGGGUGAUAUCCUUGGUGUCAUGUAUCCCUAUUCGCACACACGGAAAAAGCGUGCUUUUGACCACGUGUAUAGACAGCGCGCAUCACAAGCCGCUUCAGCCGCUUACAGCAUCAGUGGGCGGCCUUACGUCGCUGGGCAAACGUCGGAGUUUUUACAAGGAAAAAAGCGGUAAAGUAAACAAUGCGUUUGAUCCGUCGGAGCCGCCGUCAUCACUAAGUGCUGCAAUUGGAAAUGAAAAGGCCGGCGUGGAGACUAUAAAGAGUGCCAAUCCUGAGGAUGGGGAACCCGAAAGAGCUAUGUGGGGAAAUCAAAUUGAGUUCCUCAUGUCUUGUAUUGCCACAUCGGUGGGUUUGGGAAACGUGUGGCGAUUCCCCUUCGUUGCCUACCAAAACGGCGGUGGCGCCUUCCUUAUUCCGUACAUAAUAGUACUUAUUCUUAUCGGAAAGCCAAUGUACUACAUUGAAGGCGUAUUGGGUCAGUUCAGUUCCAGAAACACUGUAAAAGUAUGGGCGUUAGCUCCAGCAAUGAAAGGUAUAGGAUACGCGCAGUCUUUAGCUUGCACUUACAUUCUUUCUUACUACGUAUCCAUCAUCGGCCUGUGCCUUUACUACCUCGCAAUGAGUUUCCAGUCGCCGUUGCCGUGGGCUGUCUGUGAGCCGGACUGGCUCCACUGCGUGCCAUCAGGACAGACUGAAAAUGUCGUCUUAACUAAUGAUUCGCGUAGCAGUGCCGACCUGUAUUUUGUUAAAACGGUUCUUCAACAACCUGAUGGAAUUGAAGGAGGACUUGGAUUACCUUUAUGGUAUCUGACACUCUGUCUGUUAGCGUCGUGGUUCGUUAUUUUCGUCAUUGUCUCAAGAGGUGUUAAGAGUUCGGGGAAAGCUUCUUACUUCCUCGCUCUGUUCCCGUAUGUUGUGAUGAUCAUAUUGCUCAUCAGCACGGUCAUUUUACCCGGCGCCGGAAAUGGUAUUCUGUUCUUCAUAACACCGCAAUGGAACAAAUUAAUAGAACUUGACGUGUGGUACGCAGCUGUGACUCAGGUUUUCUUCUCGUUGUCUGUAUGUACGGGACCCAUCAUUAUGUUUUCCUCAUACAACGGCUUCAGGCAAAAUGUUUAUAGGGACGCAAUGAUAGUCACCACUCUAGACACGUUCACGAGUCUACUGUCAGGCUUCACUAUCUUCGGUAUCCUCGGGAACCUGGCGCACGUGCUGGGCCGAAAUGUUACUGAUGUGGUGGGCUCGGGAGGAACUGGACUCGCUUUUGUUUCAUACCCUGAUGCCAUUGCCAAAACCUUCCAGCCUCAGCUUUUCGCAGUUCUAUUCUUCUUGAUGAUGGCCGUCCUUGGUGUUGGUUCGGCUGUCGCGCUGUUGUCGUCCGUCAAUACUUUACUCUUGGACGCUUUCCCUCGUGUUCGCACCGUCUACAUGUCCGCUUUGUCUUGUACAGUUGGAUUUGGCAUCGGUCUCGUAUAUGUUACACCGGCAGGCCAAUAUGUUUUGGAAAUUGUUGAUUACUACGGUGGAACGUUCCUUAUCCUAUUCUGUGGUAUUGCUGAAAUUCUCGCAGUGUUUUGGAUUUAUGGUCUUGAAAACAUAUGUACAGAUAUCGAAUUCAUGUUGGGUAUCAGCACAUCCAUAUACUGGCGCUUCUGUUGGGGUAUUAUCACCCCUGCGAUGAUGAUUGUCGUGUUUAUAUACGCUCUGUUCUCAUUUGAUAACUUAUUGUUUGCUGGUCAUUAUGUGUAUCCUACAGCAGGUUAUGUGGCAGGUUAUCUAAUGCUGUUCGUCGGUAUAGCAUUUGUACCAAUCUUCGUGAUUUUAGCUAUGCACAAAAACAGAUCUGGUAACUUUGUUGAGACUCUUAAGAAGGCAUUCCGUCAGAAAUCUUCCUGGGGGCCCCGUUCUGCGAGCACUCGAAGGGAAUGGGAACUUUUCUCACAGGACAUGCAAACCAAACGCCUCAAAAUGUACACAUCUUGGCCCAGACACAUUUGGCGCAGUUUAUCAGGCGGAUAUCAACGUGCAUUAAGAAAUAAUAUCGGUACAGAAAUUCCGAUGAAAAAUGGGGAAAGGGUAAAUGCAGCCUUUGAUGUCAGCCCAGAAAAUAUAGAUAAAUUACAUGAAACAGUUAAAAUAGACAAGAAAAAAACAAAAAUUGUUCAGGAACGGCCAAAAUGGGGAAACCAAAUCGAAUUUCUAAUGUCUUGCAUAUCUACAUCGGUGGGCUUAGGAAACGUAUGGCGCUUUCCUUUCGUGGCGUAUCAAAACGGAGGCGGGGCGUUUCUUAUACCUUAUAUUAUUGUAUUAAUAGUCAUAGGAAAACCUAUGUAUUAUCUGGAAACUGUACUGGGACAAUUCAGUAACAGUAACUGCGUGAAGGUGUGGGCUCUUUCACCGGCUAUGAAAGGUACCGGAUAUGCGCAAACUUUGGGCGCCAUUUACUUAGUAUCAUACUAUGUUUCGAUCAUCGCCUUGUGCUUUUACUAUCUUGCAAUGAGCUUCCAGGAUCCUCUACCUUGGGCAGUGUGCGAGCCCGAGUGGAAGGAUUGUGUGCCUUCAGGAGAGUCAGUCAAUAUAAGCGCCAUACAAGGCAAUCCUGUGAGCAGUGCCGAGUUGUAUUUCUCAAAGACAGUCCUUCGCCGGUCAGAUGGAAUUCACGAUGGAAUCGGUAUUCCAUUGUGGGACCUCACUCUCUGUUUGCUUAUUUCUUGGAUCAUUAUAUUCCUGAUCGUUGCCCGCAGUGUAAAGAGUUCAGGCAAAGCGGCCUAUUUCCUCGCUCUUUUCCCUUACGUGGUGAUGUUCAUCCUUCUUAUCAGAGCAGUUACACUACCAGGUGCCGUUAAUGGUAUUCUGUUCUUCAUUACACCAGUAUGGAGUAAAAUCCUUGAAGUCCGAGUAUGGUAUGCAGCUAUUACUCAAGUGUUUUUCUCGUUAUCAGUAUGUUCUGGUACUUUAAUUAUGUUUUCAUCCUACAACGGAUUUAAACAAAACGUUUACAGAGACUCGAUGAUCGUAACGACAUUAGACACUUUCACCAGUUUAAUCUCUGGCAUCACAAUUUUUGGUGUUCUGGGCAACCUCGCGUACGAGUUGAACGUUGAUGACAUAAACAAGGUUCUAGGCAGUGGCGGCACCAGUCUGGCCUUUGUAUCCUACCCGGACGCCAUUGCCAAAUCACCAUUUGUGCCUCAGUUAUUCGCCGUAUUAUUCUUCCUGAUGAUGGCCACUUUGGGCAUCGGGUCGGGCGUAGCACUGCUGUCAGUGAUCAACAGCGUGCUUCUGGAUGCCUUCCCGCGGGUGCCCACGCAUUUCAUGUCCGCCGGCGUUUGCUCCGCCAUCUUCCUCAUGGGACUCGUGUAUGUCACCCCUGGUGGACAGUAUGUCCUGGAAAUAGUGGAUCACUAUGGUGGAACUUUUAUGAGGCUGUUCUCGGCUAUUGCAGAAACAGUUGCCAUAUUUUGGAUUUAUGGACUCGAAAAUUUGUGUCUUGAUAUUCAAUACAUGCUUGGAUUCAAGACAUCAUUCUUCUGGAGAGUUUGCUGGGCGAUCGUGACACCCGUGCUCAUGAUAACUGUGUUCUUCUAUGCCAUGAUAACAACGGAGAGAAUUUUGUUUGGCAACAAAUACGAAUAUCCUGAGGGAGCGUAUAUUGCUGGGCAGGUUCUUCAAUAUGUCGGAAUGGCAUUGGUCCCGCUGUUCAUGGCACUCGCUUUGUGGAAAUAUAGGACUGGUGAUAUCAUCGAGACGAUCAAAUCAGCUUUCCGCAAGAAACCAACCUACGGUCCGAGCGAUCCAGUGCUACUCGAAGAAUGGAAAGCUUUUAGAAGGCAAGCAAAACAUGAUCGCAUACACCAGCAAAGGAACUGGAUCCAUCAUGUAGGCAUAAUACUAUUCAAAGGAUAUAGAGCAACAGGAAACUCAGCUAAAUAGAAAAUGUACCUAAACCUACUUGUUCAAUAUUGUAUCUCGGAAUUACGUAUGUUGGCUAUUUCUUACAUACCUGCAUACGUCUUUAUUCACUUCGCAAACGAUUAAAUAUUAUUAAACUGUCUAGUUACUCGUAAGACUAAAAAAUGCUAGCACAUUAAAAUAAGUACUUAGUAGGUAGGUAUAGUAUGCGACACCCAUGCGUCGUGUACUAUUAUUGUUAGGUUCUCAAAUUCCGCUAGUGAAAUAAUUAAUUAGCCGAACAAAUAAAAUAUAAGACGGUACUAACAUACUUUUUAAGGAAAUGCUUUAAAAGUAAGCUUUCUCCGAACUGUGUAUAUGAGAUUAAAGUCUUAUUAUGUACCUAUGUGAAUAGUUUAAUAGUGGUUCAGUAGAUGUUCGAG